GCACCCACGCACGGGCCUUGAGGGGGAAGGCAGGAAGCUGAGUUAGAAAAGCGGGGCGAUUAGACUCGCUCUGACGUCGAAACGGCUUUCAGGGGCUGGGGGCGUCUGUAAUGGAAAAGAUGUUCAAGCCGAAGCUUCCCUUCAUGCUUCUUCUUUAGGCCUUGAAAGAUCAUCAGAUAUGCGACGUUUUCUACGCCAAGUUAUCACACUCUCAGGCAAAACCCGCCGUAUUUCCCACUCCUACUCUCUCCCCAACCCUCUACCUCCCCACAUUUAUAAUCCCCCUCUUCACCCUUUUCAUUCAUGGCGCUCGGAGCAUGCCGUUUCCGGGAUCUUCGGCGGGUUCCUCUCUGGCCCAGUGUUCGCUCGUCACUUCAUGUCCAAUUCGUCCAACCCUCUCUUCAGGAAUUCUGGCGGAAGAGUUGGAGGUUUUAGACCGAAGCUUCUCAAAGCUCAAUUUCAUGACAGGAGAUUUGAUGUCAAUCGUAGCUUUCGUUCUUACCGUGGUAGAUGGAGAUCAUGGUUCAAAGGAUUAACCGCUAAUGACGUGGUUUUGGGCUUGAUUAUAGCUAAUGUUGUUGUCUUUUUAGCAUGGAGGAUAGCAAAUGAAAAGUUUAUGUCAGAAAACUUUACAAUCUCGUUGCACAAUCUGAAAUGUGGACGCUUGCACACUUUGGUAACCAAUGCAUUCAGCCACAUUGACAGUAUGCAUAUCAUUAAUAACAUGAUUGGACUCUACUUCUUUGGGACUAAUAUUGGAAGAGCCUUAGGACCUGAGUACUUGCUGAAGUUGUAUCUUGCUGGGGCAGUUGUUGGUUCAGUUUUUUACUUGGCCCAUCAAGCCUACAAGGCACAAACAUCAGAGGGUUGGAGGUGUGUGGAGGUUUCAAAAUAUGCACUGGGUGCUAGUGGAGCUGUGAAUGCAAUUGUUCUACUUAGUAUAUUCCUCUUUCCGAGGCAAACCCUUUACGUUAACUUCAUAAUACCAGUUCCUGCUAUUUUGCUGGGCAUAUAUUUGAUUGGGAGUGACGUGUUGAACAUUAUAAAGGGAGACAGUCGUAUAUCAGGGUCUGCACAUUUGGGGGGUGCUGCUGCUGCAGCCGCUGCUUGGGCUCGAAUUCGGAGAGGAAGAUUCUAAUAACUGUGCAAACCUCAGUUUUCCUUUGUUCGGUACCUUGCAUUGAAUUAUUGAUGCUAUGAUUAGGUCUUGUCUUUUGCUUUUAGCUAACCUCACGGAUAGUGUUCGGGGAUCCUUCAAAAGUUUAGCGCUUUGUAAGCUAAUUAGUAAGUUUGCCAAUGCCUUGAGUUCAAAUGACGUAUAUUAACGCUGCCAUGUGAUGACUGAUAAAUGAGCAUUUGCCCUUUCAGCUGACAUGAUCUGGAUUGAUAUUUUUUAAACAAAAAAAGAAAUUGUAUUUUGAUGUUUAGGCUUUGAUUUUUUU